AUGCAGUCUUUAAGUCCCAAGUGCUGCUUUCUACUUACGUUGUUUACGGCGAUCUUUCUCGCAGAGGUUAGAUCACAAAACGAACAAGUAGAGGCGAACGCGCUACGUUUUUUAGGCAAUCUUGAAGAAUUUCAAAAUACUCCGAGUGAUAUUGUAUUCUUGUUGGAUAGCUCUGGUAGCAUAGGGGCAGAAAGAUGGCCACGAGAAGUGGACUUUGUUCGCCAAGUGUCCACUAUUUUUACCGUUUCAUCUGACACAUCGCGUGUCGCUAUCGUGUCGUACUCAUCGGCGGGUCAAAUAUACACGCGAAUAGAUCACAUCACUGAACCGACAGACAAAAAUAAAUGUACUCUUCUUGGACAACUCGACGACGCGCUGCCAUACACUGGUGGUGAUACAUACACACUUGGUGCCUUAACACAGGCCGAAACUUUACUUAAAAACGGUAGAAAUGAUGCGCCGAGGCUGGUAAUUCUUCUCACUGAUGGCCAAUCGAAUGGAGGUGAUCCCAUCCCCAAGGCAAAUGAAAUGAAAAGAGACGGAAUAACUAUCUUUUCCAUCGGACUUGGUCAAGGCAUUAACCAAGACGAAUUGACAAGUAUAGCUUCCGAUAACAACGUCUACUUACUCGAUCAACUUGGCAAAAUCAGUGAUCUUGCAGCUCAUUUGAAAGGAGAUGUUAAGGAUUCGUCGGCUUGGGACCACAAUAUUGAUAAUUCUGUUUGCAAUGCAUUAUGUGACGAUAUUGGUGGGACUAAGACGAGCUGCUGCGAUGCUCAAGCACUCUGUUCCUGUGCUACAAAUAGCGGUAGCAUCGAGUGCGCAUGUGCUGAAGGGUACUCGGGCUCCGGAUUAAAUGGUCAAUGUACAAAGUGCCCUUUCGGAACAUACAAAGACCUGUACGGUAAUCAGGAUUGCACUGUGUGUCCGCCUCAUUCAGUGACAAAAAGCCAGGGUAGCAAGAGCAAAAGUGACUGCGUUUGCGAGGAGGGCUACACCGGAAAUCCAGCCAACGAUAAGUCAUGUGAAGCUAUCAGAUGCGAACAGCUAGCUAACAGCCCUGGAGUGCACAAGAUUCCAGCUGAUUGCGACAACGUUCUGGGCACAACAUGCUGGUUUUUAUGCCAAGCUGGUUAUAGACAGAAUACUGGAACUGAAACGGAAGUUACGUGUCUUAGUAGUGGUGUUUGGUCUGCCAGUCCAUUGCAAUGCACCAAAAUAACAUGUGAGGCACUCCCAAUUCCUGGAAAUGGACGGCGUGACUGCUCUUCAACAUCCUAUGAGAUAGAGACAACUUGUCAAACGAAUUGCAAUGAGGGCUAUGAACUAGACGGAGAUAGUACACGAACCUGCAUUCUAGCGAAAGACAACACCGGGACUUGGUCAGGGAAUGAGCUGAUAUGCCAAGCAAAGGAAUGCCCACCACUGCCUGUGAUUGCAAAUGUUGAAGUGAGUCCUUCGCAAUGUCAAAGCAAACCACAGAAGUACCAAUUCCAUUGCACAUAUCGAUGCCAAGCUGGUUAUACGCUUAAAGGCACUGAUGUAACAACCUGCCAGGCAGAUACAAGAUGGUCUGGCCAAGAUAAUGAAGUGCAGUGUGAGGAUGUAACCCCUCCUGAGUUGAAUGACUGUCCUGAGAAUAUAGAACUGGGCAAUGACCCUGGAUUGAGCUCAGCUUCGGUGAUGUGGAUUCCCCCGUCAGCGUCUGACAACUCUGGUCUUGAUCCCAUUCUUACGUCCAACUUCAAUCCUGGCGAUUCAUUUGAAAUCGGUAAUACAGAUGUGAAAUACGUAGCUACUGACGUCAAUCAGUUAAAGUCGCAGCCGUGUACGUUCACUGUGACCGUUCGAGAUGUAGAGGAACCGAGGCUUGAAUCAUGCCCUGCUGACAUCACAAAGGAAAGUAGUGAGAGAAGUACAAAAGUGACGUGGCCUGACCCAGUGUUCAUUGACAAUUCAGGUCAGGACGUGAUUCUCACCCAUACAAGGCUGUCUGGAGAUUUAUUUUACUGGGGAGAAAAAGAGCAAGUAAGAAUUGAAGGCCGAGAUGACGCUGGCAACUUGGAAGUCUGUUCGUUUUUCGUCCAAGUGAAACAAUAUGCAUGUCCAUUUUACCCUGCCCCUGUUAACGGAGCUCUCGGCUGUGAAACCUGGCUGGGAGGUCAGUUUUGCACAGCCUCCUGCCAACAAGGCUACGACUUUUCCCGCACCCCUGAAAAACUUUACUUUUGUACAACUGAUGACAAUGGGGAUCCAACCUGGUCUGAAUUUCCAGAUCCCUUUAGAGAUCCAGGGUUGGAGUUCGAAGUUCCGUGGCCUGAUUGUUCAAGCAUGGUUCCUUCAAAUGCUGAUGUUGAUCUCAGUGUGCAGUAUUACGCCGACAGUUGCUCCAGUGAAGAAGGAGAACUAGAAAUCAAACAAGAUUUAGUUCGUAAGUUUGAAGGCCUGAAUGGUUUUUUUAAGGGGCUGUGCAACGAUCCAGAUACAUGUAAGGUUGAAAAUGUGGAGGUGUUUUGUGGUAAAGAAGGUGUUUCUGGAGGUCUAUUCGAGACUAAUCGCCGUAGAAGGCAAGUCCUUCGGUACGUGAUUACUGUGAACGCCACAGCAAAGGUCAGCGGAUCUGCCGUGCAGCAACAGAUGAUGUCGGGUGGCGUUGCUGGAGACACCAACAUGGACGUGACUCAGGCCUUGGAACAGUACGUCACCACUAUACAGACGUUAGUUGACUCUGGUAACCUGUCUAUAACUGUGAAUGGUGAGGUUUUAGUUCCGGAACCUGCACAAGACAUCGUGACAUCAGACUUCAAGAUUUCAUGCAACAUUGGCCAAGUCUUAAGGAACAUGAGCUGUGUUAGUUGUCCUGUUGGGAUGCUCUAUGAUGCUACUACUAAGUCAUGCAAGGAUUGUCCAAGCAAUACGUAUCAAGAUACAGAGGCCCAGACAAGCUGCAAAAAAUGCCCCGCUAAUACAUACACACUGACAAGCAGAACUAAACAACUCUCUGAAUGCAGAGCGCCAUGUAAACCUGGUACGCACUCAACCACAGGAUUGGAGCCGUGCAUCGCGUGUCAGCAGGGCACGUUCCAGCCGGACUCCAGAUCUAUUCCAUGUAACCCAUGUCCAUUUAACUUAACAACGUGGACAGUAGGAGCAGUGUCUAGCUCAGAUUGCACAGUGGCUUGCCAAGCAGGUUCCUACUCUCGUACGGGUUAUGAACCCUGCGAGCCGUGUCCGUACGGAAGCUACCAACCAAGCAGUGGUCAGAUGUCGUGUCUAUCUUGCCAACAGGGAUUCACAACUGCUGACAAAGGCUCAAAAUACAUGCAUCAGUGCAUAGAUAUUGACAUCUGUACGGUUUUAUCACCUUGUGGAAAUGGCGGAACAUGCAUCGACAAUGAAGACGGAUUUGCGUGUACCUGUCCCGCAGGAAUUUUUGGCGAUGUAUGUGAAAUAAACGUGAAUGAGUGUCUGAGUAAUCCGUGUCAGAAUGGUGGAACAUGCUCUGAUGCAACUAAUAGCUACUAUUGCACAUGUGCAAAAGGUUUUGAAGGCGUUAAUUGCCAAAGAGACAUCAAUGAUUGUAGGCCAGAUUCUUGUCUCAACGGGGGAGUAUGUGUGGACGGUUUGAAUGGCUUCAUCUGUGUGUGUUCCAUUGGCUAUUCAGGUACAAACUGUGCUGUCAACAUCAACGACUGUAUUUCACAUAACUGCGCCAAUGGAGCAACAUGUAUUGAUCAAUUGAAUAGUUAUGCAUGCUACUGUACCCCAGGCUACACAGGACAACUUUGUGAAACAGAUAAAAAUGAAUGCGAAUCAACUCCCUGUCAAAAUAAUGGAACAUGCCAGAAUACAGUUGGAUCUUUUCGGUGUACCUGCCAAGCUGGAUUCAGUGGCGAGGAAUGUGAAGUCAAUGUUGAUGAAUGUGUCACUCAAAACGUUGUCUGUCAAAACGAAGGCACUUGUCAAGAUGGAAUUAACCAGUUUUCAUGUCAUUGUGUUACUGGUUAUUCCGGAACAUUCUGUGAAAGGGAACUGCCAACAUUUUAUGAUUUGAGGUUUCCCACGGCAAGCGUGAGUAAUUAUUGCAAAUUGCGUGACAUCCCAGAUUUAUAUGAGUUUACAAUCGCAUUUUGGAUGAAGACGACAGACACCAAGAACUAUGGUUGUCCAAUAUCGUACGCUACGAUGGACGCAAAUGGCGUGGUGAUGGAUAAUGCCCUCUCCCUGCAAGAUUACAAUAGCUUCAGCUUCUACGUCAAUGGAAAAUCUGCUUUCACAUAUGUCCAAGCAAAUAGUAACCCCAACUGGCACCAUAUUGCUCUGACAUGGGAGAGUAAGUCAGGAACAUGGUUCAUAUACAUGGACAAUGUUCUCAAACAACAAGGAACCGGCCUUCAAACUGGCCAUGUCAUCAAAGGGGGCGGAAUACUGAUUAUAGGGCAAGAGCAGGAUAGCUACGGUGGAUCAUUUGUUCGCAACGAGGCAUUUGUCGGAACCCUUAACCAGUUGAAUAUCUGGAACUUUGCUAUGUCAGCUGCAGAAAUCGGGGCAGUAUACACUAACUGUGGAAUUAAUGGUAACAUUGUAGCGUGGGGAGCGGUACAAGAGGCAGUGAUUGGUACAGUCCCAACUGACACUCCAUCCACACGGACUGAAGCCACAACCUGUAAUGCAAAUACAAUAAAUAUAGGCUGCAGCUCUUUGAACUGUGUAAACGGAGGCACAUGUUCUACAACAGGCUUAAUUGCCAUGUGUUCUUGUACACCUGGUUACCGAGGGAGGACCUGCCAGUUUGAUGUCAAUGAAUGCAGUAAUGACAAUGGAGGCUGUAGUCACACUUGUGUUAAUAGCGUGGGUUCCUACAAUUGUCUGUGUCCUGCUGGUCACAUCCUUCAAGGACUGACUUGCAAAGAUUCAUCAUUUUGUGAAGAAAAUGGAGUCAUGUAUAGGAAUGACCAAACUUGGAGGGUAGGCUGUGAGGAAUGUGCCUGUAGGGAUGGUGUUAUUACCUGCAUUAAAUACACAUGCCCUGAAGUCAAGUGUCCUCUGGGAACCAUUCUAUCAACGUGUGCAGAUGGUUGCUGUUCCUGUUGCAUUGCUGACACUGUACGACCUAAUAUCACCUGUCCUGAUGACAUCACAGGCAAGGCAGCGAUUGACCCAACCGUACAGGUGUCUUGGCCAGAUCCGGUCGCUUAUGACAACUCCGGCACAGUUGCCGUGAAAUGCUUCCCAGCAUCUGGUUCCAAGUUGCCACUCCAGAUGACGAACGUUUCAUGCAUCGCUACUGAUGGAUACGGAAAUGCAGAAUCUUGCUCUUUUACAGUUGCUGUUGCAGAUAUUGGAAGCCCAUUGGUGUAUUGUCCGUCAUCAUUAACAUUUCCGACCUCGAUUGGUGAGGCAGUUGGUGUUGUCACCUGGCCAGCACCAGUCGUGGUGGACAACUCAUUUGAAGAUCUUGUGGCAAAGUGUGACCAAGUUGAUGGUGUGUCAGUUGGCAUUGGUCAUCUUGUGAUCCACUGUGAGGCUACUGACUAUAGUGGAAAUACUGGGUUUUGUUCUUUUAAUGUGACUGUCAUAGACACUGAAAGUCCAGACAUCCAGUGUCCACAAGAUCAGCAAUUAAACACUCUUCACAAUGUACACUUUGCAAUAUCGACUUGGGAACAGCCGACCGCUUCCGACAACUCUAACUCCCAACCAUCCGUUUCCUGUGAUGCGUAUUCAGGCAGUGCAUUUCCAAUUGGACAGAGUACUGUCACCUGCACGGCAGUGGACGGUGCAAGCAACGAUGCUCAGUGCUCCUUCCGUGUUGAUGUGAAGGACAAGCAACCACCGUCUAUCACAUGCCCGUCUGAGGUUAUCGUCACUACUGAAUCACGGAUGAAUUAUGGCAUCGCUAGGUGGCCCAACCCACUGACCUAUGAUAAUUCAAACAACACUGUGAAAGUUGUGUGUGACCAUGUCAGUGGUCAGCAGUUUCAGAUUGGUUCAACAAAUGUUUAUUGUGUUGCUGAGGAUGCAAGUGGCAACAGCAACAAUUGCAACUUCAACGUGAAGGUUAUUGAUAAUGAAAAGCCUGUGAUAAUGUGUCCGGCUAACUAUUCACUUAACACACUCCCAGGAUUGAGCUAUGCGGUGGCAACUCAUGCAGCGCCCUCAGCGAGAGAUAAUUCCAAGCAGCAUGUGAACAUCUCGUGUGACCAUCCAUCGCAAAUACCUAUCGGUAUAACAACCGUAGUGUGUGUGGCGACAGAUAUGUUUGGCAACAAAGAACCAUGUUCUUUUGCUAUCACGGUCAAAGACAUUGAGCCACCAAAAAUGAUUUGUCCUGAACCAAUGAGAUUACCCACAAGUCCCGGUGCUCCUUGGGCUGUCCCAAAAUUCAGUGUACACAAUGUAUCUGAUAAUUCUGGUGUCCGGCCAAUCACUAAAUGUGUCCCCAGUCCUGACGACAGGUUUCCGAUUGGUUCGACAGAGGUCACAUGCGAAGCAGUUGAUAAACCUGGCAACAGCGUUGACUGUGUUUUUAGUAUCGCUGUUGUAGAUAUGGAGCCACCCAGCAUUGAAUGUCCUCGUGAUAUUACUGUGGAUGCGAAGGAAAAUGCAAACAGAGGACGGGUCACAUGGAAGAUGCCGAUUGUGUCUGAUAAUUCGAAUGAGAAAGUGGAAACAUCUUGUAACGCAUCGUCACCUUCGCUGUUCCGCAUCGGUAUUUCUGCUGUGAAAUGUAGCGCAUGUGAUGUAUACAACAACACCAACCAAUGCUUCUUCAACGUCAAAGUCAAUGCUGAUGUUGACUUAAUGAAACUCUGCCGUAACAAACGGUACGGUUACGUAUAUGGACACCCAUUGGACUGCACAAAGUUUAUCCAAUGCAAGUACCACGGCUACUAUGAAAGAAAAUGCCAAGCGGACCUCCACUGGAACGAUAAAAUACAGCGAUGUGACUGGCCGAGUAUUGCAAAGUGUGACGUUAUUAGCAUUCCCGCAGGUAGUCACGAGAACAAGGAGGAAGAGGAGGAAUUGAUUGAUAAAUUUUGCGAAGGGAAAAGUUUCGGGUAUUACCCUCAUCCGACCGAUUGCGCAAAAUUUGUGCUUUGUCACGUAAGGUUGCAGCAACGUGUGCGCACAUGUCCAAAAGGCACUAAAUGGCACGCGCAGAAGACCAUCUGUGAUUAUGAAUAUUUGGUGGACUGUGAUGAUCGUGCGUUGGUUGCAGGUACGACCCAGUCUACGGGAGUUGUAUUCUCAUGCACUGGGCGCAGAGAUGGAAUGUAUGCGGAUCCGAAUAGCGCUACAAUGUGGUAUAUGUGUUCCUAUGGUAGAAGUUACCACUUCCUGUGUGGGCCUGGAUCUGUCUGGAAAGAUAAUUUAAAGACAUGUGGCAGGCUGUGAACAAAAAAUGAUUAAAAUUGAAAUAAAACAUCUUUAUAAAUAUUUAAUAUUAAUAGGAUCUUACAACAAUUAACUUUCAAUUUGUAUCUAUUUUUAGUGUGAUUUUUUGCAUUCAUGAUUUAACUUUCAGUUUGUUUACUAAUAACAAAAUUUGUGUAUAAGUUAGCAAUGCUACUUUAAAAUUACUUGAGCUGACACUGACUGAAAUAAUUUUGAGAAUGCGAUAUCUGUUUUAAAAAUUUUGUAUUUUUUCUAAUUAAAUUAAUUCUGUUUGCCAACUCUAAGAACAAUAAAGUAUGAUGUUACUCACUUCCAUUCAGUUAACAUUUUACCACCAACCUAGUCGUUUCAUCAGACUGGCAACCCAUCUUUUUUCCCACUGCUUUUAAAGCCAUAGAGGGCUUGAUGAGGUGAUCAAAUAUUUUAUUGAGCUUGCAAGCCCCUUGUCCUUGUUGAGCGUAUUUUUUUCCCCUCCUUCAAAUCCAAAUGGACUCCUUAAGCCAUCUAGUAGUUUUGUCAGACUCUGACAAUGAUGUUGGAUCAUUCUAUAUCAAUGACGUUGGAUCGUCCCUAAUCAGUGGUUCACACAAUGGUAUUAUUCUGUUUCAAAUAGAAGUGAAUAAAACUAUUUCCCUAAAAUCAUCUUUAUUCAUGUGAAUAAAUAAGGACAAGUAGAGAAAUAAAAUUUGGAGUUGAAUAGGUUGGUGGAUUCAUGAGAUGCUUGCCUUCCUAUCCCAUUGACCUGGGCUCCAACCUUGUCACUACAAAGCAGGGUUUUUCCUCAAGAUUGAUAACUGCUUUACCCUGCCUGCCCUGUCCAGACUAUCAAAUUUUAUUUGGCAAAAACAUGUGACAUGCCUGAAUAUGGUCAUCAUGACCAUAUAUAGGCACAUCAUGGCCAUACAGCAGUUUUUUGUCCAAGAACAUUUGAUAGUGUGGACAGCUUAGCCUUAUGACUUACAUUAUUCUAUCCUGUGUGUAAUUUGCAAUUUAUUUGCUAUAGGAUGUAAAAGAAAUAAAAUAAAAAUAUAGAUAAAAUGGAAUAAAA